CACCAACGAGUUCAGAUGCUGCUAUCGGGAUCGACCCUUUAAGUUUCUGUUUCUGGUAUUCAUAGAAAAACAUAUUUUUGAACAGGUUUUAAACCUGUCAGAAUACGGACAAACAAGAAAGACUGACACUGACAUUCAGAGCUCUAUGGAUACGAUUUCACCAUUAAAAAAAAGAAGAGAAAAAAGGUUUUUGCAUAUAAUGCAUGCACCAAUGCAGUCAUACACACACACACACACACAAACACACCCGUAUGUACACAGCGUAUGCUUUUCUUCACGACUGUCGCGCCACAUUUUAUAAUAAACAAUGAUAGCAGACAGCAAGAUCAGUGUAAAUAAGUACAUCAGGGAACGUGUGGUCAUUGGAGAAAAGAACAAAGAGAAGAAAACGGAGAGAAAUAAAUAAACAACAGGUGAUGAAAACGUAACACAAUCAGAUCAACGAUAAGGGGGAGGAAGGGAGAGAGAGAGAGAGAGAGAGAGGAACGAGACACGGUUGAAGGUCACAACGGCAGACACAUUAGGAGUGCUCAAAAAGACAGGCAAAAAACUGACGACAGAGCCCACAACUGACAGUGAAAGAGGUACGGUCUUUAUAUGGUUAUAAAUAAUCUCAAGUCACCUCAAAUUCGUUGUGUAAUUCCGUUUUAUUGCAUUCAGAUUGCAAUUAAGUAACAGUUCAGACAUGCUCUGCAAAGAUACUUCGCUGUGUACAUUGGAGUGUCUGGUGUCCGUUGCAUUAGGCUACUUUAAAAAUCACAUUGCUUAUACUGCGUGUUAGACAGACAAUAGAUUUAAGUGAUUAAUCACCUGUUAAUCAUAACAGCAUGGGAGCGAGGCUACUCUUUACAAUUCAGCUAAUGCUGAUGGCUCGCGGGGUUUCCGUACUUUCCGAGCAUGCAGAUUGCAGGAUUUGUGAUCCAGGAUUUUUCCAGAAGUCCUGCAGCAUCUGUGACCAAUGUCCCAAUGGCACUUACACCCAGAAAAAAAACAUGGAACAGCACUGCCACCCCUGCUCACUAGACUGCAGACCUGAGUUUAACAUGGAGGUGGUUGAAGCAUGCAGUCCCAAGUCUGACGUCAAAUGUCGCUGCAAGGCUGGAUACACAUGCAAGAAAUUUGACGACUACUCUAAGAAGUGUUCACGCUGUAAAAAGGACCUCACUCCCACUACAGUAAAAAUGAAUGGUGUGUCUGUGAUCUCAUUUCAUACAGUUACCAAGACCACAGUGAGGUUACCUUGUGGCAGAGGCCUUUAUUUCAGUUCUUCUGGGCACUGUGAAAAGCACAAAGACUGUGACUCUAUAGGACUCAAAGUGCAAACAGCAGGAAACACCACCCACGACACAACCUGUCACUCACCUCAGUCUCCUCAGCCUCCUCAGCCUCCUCAGUCUCCUCAGUCUCCUCAGUCUGGUGUUGCAGGUUCUCAGUUGUGGUUGAUCCCGUUGAUUAGCAUCGGAGUCUUUGCCGUUCUUAUUCUGUUAGUCCUCUCUUGCUGCCGCAGAGAGGAUGUGUGCCUUAAGCAAUUGAUGAAGAGUUGCUCUCCAGGCAGUGAUAAAGCAGCCAUGAACGAAGCCAUGCCCAGGGGGCCAACGGCAGCAUUUCACAUCCCAGAGACUCACCCUGAUUCACUGCCAGCAGCCAAUCACAGCCACGGCCCUGCCACAGCUACUGGGGCUUUAGGCCCUCUCUACAUACACCACCCAAGCACUGUCUUUGUCAGCCUACUGAACCAGUUUGGCUUUGGAGGAGGAAGAGGAGGAGGCAGUGAGGAAGAGCAAGAACGAGCAGAGCAUGGUAACCCGAAGCCUGAGGGAAGUGAAGUGCACACUCCCUCCUCUCCCAUACCUCUAUCCACGGAAGAAAGGAGCAGAGAAGACAUCUCUGUCCCCUUUCAGGAGCAAGGGAAAGAAAGCCAUGUGUCUAAAGAGGAAGAGCUCUGAGAAACAAAGUGAGAAGGGAGGAGAGAGAUAGAUAGAGAGAGAUAGAGAGAGAACCACAGCGACACAGACAGAUAUACAGAGAGAGAGGGAAUGACUGGGAGAGAGAGAGAGAGAGAUUUGAACAACUUUCAUCAACAUGGUGCUCAUAAUUUUAGAAAAACGCACACCCUGUAUCUUUUAAACUGCCUUUUUUUUCUCAACCUUUUUGGUCAAAUUCUGCAUAUUUCAAUCACCAGAAAAAGAUUUGCACAGAAUGGCUGUGGGCAAGUAAGAAGUUAGGUGUCAGAAGGUGUCUGCUGCCUGAAGAGACACUCUAUGGACAUGCUUCUGGACAAUGUUACAGAAGGGCCUGUGUUUUUGUUGAUGUUGUGGUAGGUGUUGAUCUAAACUUUAGGUCAAAACACCUAACACAAGCAUCAGUAAGACUAAUGGCUGUACUGAGUUACUGUAACUCAUAAAUAUGCCUGUAAGAAACAAACGUUUGUAAGUGGAGGUUGCUUUAUUUAUUUAUGUUUUUAGUGCCACUAGUGCCAGACUGUGCUGUCUCACAGAAGUGCACAUAAGUCCACAGAGACAGCUGGCUGGAAUGUAUCUAGUAUUGAUCUGACACAGGUUGGUCAUGGGUCCAUUCCAGUAAAGGAUUUUCUCUAUGGACCAAAGGAAGUUGCAAUGCUUGUCAUAUGUCCUGUAUAUGGAAGUGCAAUAAAUUAAUCACAGACA